AUGCGCUUGUGUCUGCGCAGGGAUGAAGCCCGGGAGAUGUUCUUCUUCGGCUUUGACAACUACCUCAAGCAUGGCCUCCCAAAGGAUGAGGUGCGGCCAAUCAGCUGCCGGGGGCAUGACUCACAGGGGGGCAUUGCCAUAACCCUCAUUGAUUCCCUCGACACCCUGCUGCUGAUGGGUGGGGAGAGGCAGCUAGUGGAGGCGGUCAGGUGGCUGGAGCAGAACAUCAGCUUUGACCUGGACAAGCGGGUGCAUGUUUUUGAGCUCACCAUCAGAGCGCUAGGCGGCCUGCUGUCAACGCAUGUGCUGCUGACGCGCAAUGCAGCAAUCAUGCCAGAGUACAGCGGUGGCCUGCUUAGGCUGGCCACAGACUUAGGGGACCGCCUGCUGCCGGCAUUCGAGACCCCCUCAGGGAUCCCCCUGUCCUGGGUCAAUCUCAGAAAGGGCGUGCCUGCCGGGGAGACGCGCGUCACAUGCACGGCAUGUGCCGGCACGCUGCUGCUGGAGCUCGGCCUUCUAUCACGCCUGACUGGGAAUCCUGUCUACGAGCACAAGGCGCUGCAUGCCGCCCGGCAGGUGUAUGGCAUCCGCAGCACGGCGACUGGCCUGGUGGGCAACACACUGAACGCGGACAGCCUCAACUGGGAGCGACUCGAUGCCAGCAUCGGCGCGGGCGUGGACUCCUUCUAUGAGUACCUGCUCAAGGCGUACCUCCAGUUUGGAGACGAGGAGUAUUUGAACAUGUUUUCGAAUCUGUAUGCGGCAGCUAUGCGGCACCUGCGCCCGGCCGAUGCCGGCUGGGCCGCGCGCGGCUGGCUGGGGGAGGUGCAUCUGCACAGCGGCGUUGUCAUGCAGCCCUGGAUCUCGUCCCUGUCAGCUUUCUGGCCGGGGCUGCAGGCGCUCAUUGGCCAGACAGACGAUGCUGCGCUGCUGCAUGGCAAUUGGACGGCUGCAUGGAAGACCUUUGGCUGGCUGCCAGAGCUCUUUGACGCCGGUGUCACACAGCGGCACCCGCUGCAGAGGGGCUACCCGCUGCGGCCGGAGCUGAUAGAGAGCACAUACCUACUGCACGCGGCCACGGGGGACGGCGCAUACCUUGAAGCCGGCCGCUUGUUCCAGUCGACCCUGGCCGAGCACAACCGGCAAAAGUGUGGCUUUGCCUCUGUAGCUGACGUGGCCACGGGCGCCUUGGAGGACACGAUGGAGAGCUUCUUUCUGUCGGAGACCACCAAAUACCUCUAUCUCCUGAACUCUAACGCCACAGCGCUGCCGGACCACUACAUCUUCUCGACCGAGGGCCACCUGCUGCCUGUGCUGGCCUCCCCUGGAGAUUCAGGAGAUGUUGGGGGUGAAUGUAGGCUCCCCAAGACCUCUGAGGGGCGGCAGGGGGAGCGAGCUAUAGCAGGGGGUGUGGAAGGCGAUGCGGAGGGGAAUGAAGGCGUUGGAGGGGGCAGAACGCUGAUAGGUGAUCCCUGGUAG